AUGGCAGAAGAGCCAAGCAACGACCACUGGCAGGGCUUAGCCAGCCUGUCUCCUGGAUCGGACAAAGUCGCGACGGAGGCAUCAGACAAAUCUGCCUUUGGAGACAACGUUCGAUGGAUCGUGCGAGUCCCGUACAGAGACUUCGCCGACAGUGAUAGAGUCUCGAUGCUCAGCGAGAUUGCUACCAUGGCACUCAUCAAAAACAACACCACCAUUCCUAUCCCUCGUAUCUACGGCUUCGAGGCGUCGGCAGACCAGCAAUUUGGCUACCCGUACAUGCUGAUGGAGCGCCUGCCUGGCCGUCACGUUUCCAAUGGAGUCGCGAGGUCGAUACCUCAACAGAACCAUGCAAAAAUAGCCAAGCAGCUUGCGAACGUGUUUUCGGAACUCCAGAAUCUUACAUUUAGCCACAUUGGGCGCAUACUGUGCGGGGACAACGCUGAUGGGCCUGUUGAGGUGAUUCCCAUGGCCUGGCAUUGUUCACCUGGGCCACUUGGGACAUCGCUGGAGUACUUUUACAAUCAGAGACAAGAAGAAAACCGUGAAAUCAUGGCCAUGCACUCGGAUGCAGACCCAGAGUGGCUGACGGCAUGCUGGGUGCUGAAAUCGGCCCUACCACAUAUGAUAAUUGAGGAUCGGGUGCGAGGUCCUUUCCCUCUAUGUCACCUCGACUUGCAUUAUGGCAACAUGCUAUUUGACAUGGAUUAUAAUCUGACUGGCAUUAUCGAUUGGAGCAAUGCACAGGCCGCGCCUCUUGAGCAGCUGUCGGUCUGCCCCGAAUUUGUCACGUUUCCGGGAUUGUCAGAGGAAAAAAACAAACCCAUCAUCGAGCUAAAGAACCUUGUCCUGGAGUCCUUAACAGAAAUGGAGAAGAACAAGACAACACGGCCGCCUCUCGAUAACCCUGAGCUGGACGUGGCAGAAACGAAGCAGUUGACGCCUCUUUCUAGGUAUAUGGCUUCAAAGGGUGCCGUAAUUACUCAUCGUCAGUAUAUGGCGACCCCUCGAGGAAGUGUCUUCGCCGGGAAACAAACGGCAAAGCUCAUCUACCGAGAAAAUGUUAGUUGGGAACAGCUGCGGCAGGUAUAUGGUGCAAUGCCGCUUGUCUAA